UAAUGGGAGUACCAAAUUUCUAUUCUUGGUUAUCUAAACGAUAUCCAAUGUGUAAAUACCCUUUCACCAAACAUCAUGGACAUUAAAUAGAUUUUCUCUAUCUUGAUAUGAAUUAAGUCAUUUAUAAGUGUGCAACCAAUUAAACCAUUUUAAAAGAUUAUAUGAUUGAAAAGAGUGUCGAGACUCUAUGGACAUCCAUAUUAAAUUACAUUGACACCAUAAUAAAUAUAGUGGAUCCUAAGUUAGUCAUUUAUUUAACCUUUGAUGGUGUAGCACCAAGAGCCAAAGCUAAUUAAUAAAGAUAGCGCCGAUUUGCAUCUUCAAAAGGUGAUGCUAAAAUCAAAUAAUUACUCAAAUAAUUGGAUCUAGAGUAAUAAAAUCAGACUUUUAAAAAUAAUUAGAUAACUGCAGGAACAGAAUUUAUGUAUGAAUUAAAUGAACAAGUUAAAUUUUUUAUAUAUCGUAAAUUCAAAGAAGAUGAAAAAUAUGCCAAUUUAUAAGUUAUUUUUUCAGGUAGUGAUGUUCCUGGAGAAGGAGAACACAAAAUACUAGAAUUUAUGAGAGGAAUUAAAAACUAAUAAAAUUUUAACCCAAAUUGGACUCAUUGCAUUUAUAGUGCUGAUGCAGAUCUAAUUAUGCUUGGAUUAGGAAUACAUCUCAAAUAUGUAUCUAUUAUAAGAGAAUCAAAUUCUAUGGAUUAAAAUAAAACCUAAAUUGCUUGUAAAAGAAGUGUUGAAAAUGUUAGUUUUGAAUUAAUCAAUCUAUCAAUUGUUAAAGAAUAUAUGGAUUUAGAAUAUUAAACAAUAAAAAUGAAGAUUCCUUAUGAUAUUGAUAGGGUAAUAGAUGAUUUUCUUUUAUUAUUCUUUUUAAUUGGAAAUGAUUUCUUACCUCGUGUCUAUUGCUUUGAUAUUAAGUAAGGUACUGUGGAAUUAUUAAUUGAUACAUUUAAAUCAUUUUUAGAAUAAUGUGAUGAAUAUGUAACACAAGAUGGAUGGAUAAAUUGGAAAUCAAUGAACUUAUUAGUUUAAGUGUUAUCUAAAUUUGAAAUUAAAGCUAUCGAAAAAAGAUUAGAAGAAUUGAAAAAAUAAAUAAAGGAUACUGAUAAUCCAGAAUAUUUAGAUUACUAAAUGUAAUGGGAAAGUGAAUUAAAAAUACUGGAUGCUUUAAACAUUUAAUUUUCUAAUAAUAAUUCUGCUGUAGCUAGAAAAUUAUUUUAUUAAAAUAAAUGUUAAAUAGAUAUAGAUUCUGAGGAAGGUAGAAAAGAAUUGGAUAAUAUAAUUUUAAAAUAUUUGGAAGGAUUUUAAUUUGUAUUGAGUUAUUAUUAUCAUGGAGUACCUUCAUGGGAAUGGUAUUAUUGUUAUUAUUAUUCUCCAAUGUGUUUUGAUAUUUGUGCUUAUUUAAGUAGAAAUUAAAUAUAAAAAAUGUAAAUUAUUUUUUAAUUAUAAUUAGAUAAUUUGGAUAGAGCAAACCUUAUGAUCCAUUUUAAUAAUUACUUCUUAUUUUACCUCCUCAUAAUGCUAAUUUACUGCCUGCUCCUUUUAGAGUACUUUAUGAUAUGGAAUCUCCAUUAAGGUCACCAUUUGAUUAUUAUCCUGAUGAAUAUGAGAUAGAUCCAUUUGGAGCCAUAUGGGAACAUUAAUUUAUAUGCAAAGUUCCAUUUAUGAAUUCUGAUUUGUUGAGUUCAGAAUAUUAAAAAAUUGAUAAAAGUUAAUUAAAUGAAUUAGAGAAACAAAGAAGUAAAUUUGGUCAUGCAUAUUUAUUUGUCCCAACUUAAAAUAAAGGAAAUUUAAUCUAAUCUAUAUUGCCAACUGUAUAUAAUAAUGCUAAAUAUAAAACAAUAUAAAUUUAAUUAAAUGGAAAUAUAUAAUAGGAUACUUAAGAAGUUUUAUAAAGAAUUAAUAUUUAAGAUUAAUAAGAUAAAGAGAAUCAAUUACCUAAAUUUCCUUCUUUAAAUAUUUUAAAAAUUAAUAAAACAUGGUUAUAAAAUAAAAAAGAUAAACACAAAAAUCAAAAAGUAUUAAAAGUAGAAUUGGCUUAAAAAAAUAUAGAAUUUUUAGAUAAAAUAGAAAGUUUUAGUGAUCAAGCUUAAAAAUUUAAUUGUUAUUGUGGAUAUCCAUAAAAUUACUAUGGAGAAGUGGCUUUAGUAGUGAGUAAAAAAUCAUUUUUGUUUUUAAAAAAUUAUUAGCUUAAAAAUAUUUAAAUACUUUCAGAAUUUAGAGAUGAUAUUUUAAAUGAAGUUAAGGAUGAUAUUUAUGAUCAUUUAAAAUAUACAAUGUAAACUAGAUUAGAGAAUUAGGGAAUAUUUUUAGAAUAAAUUAAUGCUAUAGCAGUUGUUUAUUUUUAUAAAGAAUUAUUAAGAAAUUCAGAUAGAACAUAUAGUUAUAAUAUGUUAAAUGUUAGAGAAGAAGUAAUGCCAUUAGAAUGGAUUUCAGAUUAAAAGAUUGUUAAUUUAGUAGAUUAUAGAUUAGAAAAACAAAUUGAUUUAAUAAAUUAAAAAGUCAUUGUUGUAAAUAAUGAUAAAAAUUAAAUUUGUGGAUCAAUUGGUUAUGUAGAAAAGUUCGUUAAUUAAGAAUAAUAUAUAAUCAAGAUAUUUAGAUAACCAAAUUUAUAAAUAGAUAAUGAUAAAAUUAAAAUGUAAAAAUUUUAUGAUAUUUCUAUUGUAUCUGAAAAAUUAGAUAUAUCUCCAGAAAUAAUUCAUUAUCUUUUAGGAUAAAUAAGAAUUUUUAUUGGAGAUAAGAAAAAAUAAACAGAUAUUAUUGUUUAAUAAAUGGAUAUAGGUUUUAAUGCUGUACACAAAGGCAAAAAUUAAUUAGUUCCUGAACUUUUAAGAAUACAUGAAGCACAAUUUGAUUCUGAAGGAUAUUAAAAGUUUAAACAAUUUGAAAAAGCAGAACUUUCAGAAAUCUUAGUAAAGGAUUUGGAAGAAUAUGUCAAAAGAUUGCCAGAAUUGAUAGUGUUUCUAAAAUCUGUUGUAUGAUUAUUUGAUUUAUAUUUAAGGGUAAAGAAAAGUUGAGAUCUCUACAAUAAAUUAAAAUUACAGACAUUUUCAAAGAUGAUGUACAAAAAGGUAUUAAUAUUGUUUUGAAACAUUAUACUUGGCUACUUACACUCCCAACUUCACAAUAUCCUUUAUGUAAUGUAGCAUCAUAAACAUAUUCGAGUCAAACUAUUAAAGCCUUAGAGUAAUAAAAGUAGUCCAAAAAGGCUGAGAAAUCUUUAUUUACUCAUAAAUUUUGGUUAUUACAUUAAGAAAAGUUUUAUGUUCCACCUCUUAUGACAGAACACCCAAAAAUUCAUAAAUUAGGAGAUAGAGUUGUAGCAUUAAAUGUAAAAACAAUUUAUAUUCUAAAUAGAAUCAUUAUACAAAUUUUGGUGCUUAUGGUAUAGUAGUUGGCAUAAUUGAUAAUGGAGAAAUAAUGAUAGAAGUUCUUUGGGAUAAGCCUCGUUUUGGUUAAAAAGAUUUAGGAGGUAGAUGCUCUCCUUUGAGAGGAUCAACAGUUCACUUUUUAGAUAUAUUUAAUAUUACAUAAUAAUGGCAAGAAUAAUUAAAUACAUUUAGUGGUGGUGCCAAAAGUCAUUAAGUAGAAGGGUGGACUUAUAAGUAAAAAGUAUUUGUACCAUCUUAUGACAAACCUGAAAAUAAAAAAAAGAAACACUAAUAAAAAUAAGCAUAGACACAAUGAA